AUGUCAGCGCCAGGGGAGGAGGUGCUGUUGGCAGUGGAGACCGUCGAGGAGGAGAAGGUUGAAGCAGAGACGAGAACCGUCGACCAUCAGAGGAGUAGAUCCGUCCCGAGCGUCCGAGAGCUGAGGCGUCUGCCCUCCUCCACCUCCACUGUCCGACCCCUGGGCCGCAUCGUCUCCUUGGGUCCUGGAUGGGAGAGUCCCCUGGACGUGGAGAAGCCGGUGGAGGCUCCGCCUGAGGUGCCCGUGCAAUAUCAAGGGCUGGGACAGGCGGUGCGGGUGCGCAGCUACUGCGUCGCAAACGGGUUUGACCGGUACGCCCUCCAAGACGCCAUCCUGCGACGGAAUGCCACGUUGCGAGCCUACUCUGAUGUGCUUUGCAUACAGUACCACCGGGGUGGCAAGGGCAAAGGGAAUGCGGACAUUUUCUUCUUCGACUCGGGUGUCGUCGUGUUCUGGGGCCUCGACACAGACGCAGAGAAGUACAUAUUGAACGAGCUGGUGAUGCCGUGUGUGGACCGCCCCCUGCCGCCCGACCGCAUCGAGCGGGACCGUGUUCUGGUCACCUACUCGGCCGUCACCAAGGCCGUGAUUGAGGACGACACCAUCUCCCUGCACUACCGCCACGCGGACGAGCUGUACGUGAAGCUGGCCAUCAGCUUUGCCCUGGCGGAGUCCACCAAGCUCAGCGUGUUUGAGGAGGACCUGCGCAGCCUCGGGAGGUCGGUGUCCUACCUCCCCGCCAUGAUGGCCGACAAGGGUGAGAUCGAUGUGGGUGGCCGCGCGGUGAUGCAGCUGAUGGGCCAGCUCUUCCUGCAGCAGCGCUCCGUCAACCUGCUGACCCAGCUCCUGGACGCGCCGUCCGCGCUGGACGAGGCGGACGACCACAUCUGCACCCUCUACCGCUCCAUCUUUGACUACAUGGAGGUGGUGCAGCGCGUGACCCUGCUCAACGACCGGUUCGGGGUGAUGAAGGAGAUGCUGGACAUCCUGCGCCAGCAGGCGCACGACUCCUACUUUGGCGUCCUGGAGGCCACCGUCAUCUGGCUGGUCGGCGUCUGCUCCUUCCUGGCCUUCUGCCAGCUCCUGGCGGUGGUCUACGGCUGGGAGGGCGGGCAUGCCAAGCACUGA